UACACUACUUUCGUUUUAUUCCGGAACUCCAUAGGUAGUGUGUUCGUUUAAUUUGCUUAUCUCAUUGAUCAGCUGUUGGUGUGUACGUCGUUUCUUCUACCUUUGUAUGGUGCUGGCCACUUCUGUCAUGCAUGAGAAGUUUAUCUUGAUGUUUAACUGGUAAAGUGGACAGAAAAACAGAUAUUUGUUGCAGCUAAUUUGUUUUAAGAUGGAUGAAGUAGACAGGAGAAAACUGACUUCUAAUAGAAGUUAUUUAGUGAAAAAUAUCUAUAAGACAAUGAAUGUGGUAGACAAACUAAUGGAGGAUCGUAUCAUAACAGAUGGAAUGAAACAGGACAUUGAGGCUGAGCGUACUAAUGAUGAUAGGAACAGGAGGCUGCUUGAUAUCAUUCCGAGGAGGGGACCACAAGCAUUCGAAGCAUUCCUCAAUGCCCUCGUUAAUACAGAUAAUGACUUUGCUGCAGAACAGUUAAGCCCUGGAGCAGGAUCAAUAUACAAAGUAUCGAUGACAUCUAGUGAGAAAGGAAUGGUUUCUCCCGAGGAAGAAAAGCCACAAAACCAACAUUCUGAGAUUAUCCUCCCUAAAAAAUGGCCAACUGAGCAAGACUGUGUGACAGAUUUUAUAGUUAAAAAGUGUAGUCAUUCAGAAGAGAGAAAGUGGCAAAGUGAUUAUUAUUACAAAAUGAGGAGUAAGCCUCGUGGACGGGUCUUAAUGUUUAAUAACUUUGUGGCUGUAGCUCACAGAGUAAAAGAGGAUGGGUCUUGGAAAGAAAAGCUUCAGAUGAGAGAGGGAACAGAAAAGGAUGAACAAAGUCUUCGGAGAUUAUUUGAACAGCUACAUUUUGAUGUAGAAGUAAAAAAAGAUAGAAAAGUUGAGCAAAUGAGAUCAGACAUAGCUGAGGAGAAAGCACAUCCUUUCCACAAGGAUGCUGAUUGCUUCAUUUUGGUUUUCCUGAGCCACGGUUCAACGGAAGGGAUCUAUGGAACAGAUGGAAAUGUUCUUACAACAGAUGAAGUGAAAAGCAGUUUUAAUAACAAGAACUUCGGCAGCAUGACCAACAAACCUAAACUGAUUUUUAUUCAGGCCUGCCGUGGAGAUAAAUAUGACAAGGGAGCUAACGUGGCUGACAAUAUGGCUAAAGAUAUGUCAGAUGCAAGGAAAUCAAUGUCUGCCUUGAAUCUCAAUGAUCCUAAACUGGAGAAUGUAGAUGAGGCUGACAGCAAGGUGGAGAAAUCACCAUCUAAUGCUGAUAUGUUUAUAGCUAACGCUACUACACAGGAUAAUGUUUCUUUUAGAAACACAAAGUUUGGAUCUUGGUUCAUCCAGGCCCUAGUGUAUAUCUUAAGGAACUACGCCUGUCAGACCGACCUCCUCGAUAUGCUCACUCUGGUGAACAAGCUAGUAUCCGAGGGCAGAGCCUUAGAUCGAGAUAGAAACAUUUCAGUGGCGGUUUCUGUGUUUGAAUCCACACUCAGGCACAAGUUACACUUCUUUCCAGGAUUGACCGAGGUUGUCACUCAUUCUCCACAAGAUUAACGCUCUGUUCAUCUGACAAAAAAGUGUCUGCGAGCUUGAAGUGUUAUAUAUAUUAGUUCAUCAUCCACCCAACACCUCUUCCAUUUCACUACUGUAAGAGCUUUGAUAAUAAGAUAUGGCCAGUUGCCACCAAUAAUUUUAAAGCUGUAUAUGUCACUUAAAUUGUUAACUAUAUUAUAGGUCAUGAUCUACAUUCAAGCUGACAAUGCAAGGGUCAAAUAUGUUUUUUAAAGCAUGACAUUUAUUCCUACAAUACUUAAGGUUUAGGUCAAUGAUAAAGAUAUACAUGUAGAUAAAAAAUGAAAUUAUCAAAACAA